UUUAGAUAUCAACACAAAAAAAGGUUACUAUAUUUAGAAGGAUAAAUUUGAUUAGAAGAUCACCCAUUUAUCAUUUCCUUGCAACUUUUUCACGAAAAUGGCGACAUGCAACACCACAAUUCAGAUGUACCUCACGACUGUCUUCGCAAUCGUGAUCCUUCUCGCGGCAAGCCAAGCCACGGAAGCGCGUUUCACAAGCCUAUGCGCUAAAACCGCAUACCCAACUUUGUGUCAACCGCUGGUGAAAGGGCCAAACCCGAGACGAGCCACACACAACACAAUCCGAGCCUUGGAGGCUAAGACGAAAUUGGCGAUUACAUCUUCUGCGAGAUUCAAACACGGUAAUCCAACCGUUGCGAUUUGCUACGCGACUCUUGUGGAUGCAUCGUUCAAUCUUGUAAACGCAAGGAAGAGCAUUAGGCAAAGAAAUGUUAUGUCCCUAAAAAUGUUUUUGACCGCGGCUGUGUCAGAUUACGGGGUUUGUGUAAACGGAUUCAUAGAUUCACAUCAAGUCAACACCGUUCAGAACGCUGUGGAUGAGCUCAGGAAGAUCGGAACUAACUGCUUGUUGCUUGCUACAUUGAUUAGGUGAUCGAGCCACAAAAGAAGAAAACAUUCAAACUAAUUCCUCAAAAACUGUCUGAAACAAAAAAAAAAAAGCUUAAACUUAAUUAUGUAAAUGUUCCUUUCUAGUUUUCAGAGGUUGUUCUUGGUCAACAACAUCAACCGUAUAAAUGUAAUGAUAAUAGAACUUUUAGCCAUGAGUCUCCUGAUUCU